AAUGUAAAUACGUCUAUUAUAACCAAUGGAAGAAUAUUUGAUCGGACCGUGAGCGGACCGCUAGUGUGUAUCGGGCCUUAGGGUUCGGUUACGUAACGACACCGUGCCUUCUACAAUAAUAACUGUGUUGUCUAGUUCUCAGCAGUCUCUCAAGAUGGUGUCCAACACGAGUACUGCUGUGAUACUCUUAAAGUGUUUAUUAUUAAUUACCUACCCAAUAUGUAUUACUGCAGCAGACUACUGUGUUGCAAAUUUAAAAGAUGGAAAGUACAUAAGUGAAUAUCGUUUGCCACCCGACAUAAUACCAGUACACUAUGAUAUUUCGCUAAACUUGUUUAUCACGGGACCCAAGUUCAGCGGUAAAAUUGAUAUUACCCUCGAGAUCAAUUGUAGAACGCAAUAUAUAACUUUGCACGCACACAGGCUGGAAAUAGACAAAUGGCAGACAAAAUUAUUUUAUCAUAAGAACGGUACGAUUUAUACGCCGGCGGAACAUAGAUAUCGAAAUCAACAAGUUCUAGAUCUUUCCUUCAAUACUACGUUGGAACACGGAAACUACACUCUACGUUUUAUGUAUGACGGUUACUUCUCUCACGGAGAUGAAGGUCUUAUCAAAAUUCCCGAUACAAGCCUAAAAAGCGAAUAUACGAAAUGGAUGGUGAUAUCGCAAUUCGGCAAGAUUGGUGCUCGACGAGUGUUUCCGUGUUGGGAUGAGCCUGCGUUAAAAGCCACUUUCAACAUUUCCGUGAAACAUCAUUUACAACAUUUAGCCUUCUCGACUAUGCCAAUACGAAAAGAAGUGAUUGAUGACAGCUUAGAGGUGUGGUCCCACUUCAAAAAGACUCCCAAAAUGUCUACUCACCUGCUCGGGAUUGUAGUGAUCGCAGUUAAUCGUUGUAACAUCGACAGUAUCUUCCAAAUGUGGUGCAGACCGACUGUUCUCGUACCAGAAGAUUUCAAACAAACUGUCAGGCAGCAAUAUCGUACGAUGCUUAACCACAUGACAAAACACACAAAUACUUCCAUGACAAUUGCCAAACUUGAUAUCAUCAUUGUACCAGAUUACGUACCGACUAAUUCGACUAUUUGGGGAAUACAGCUUAUGAAAGAGAUAUGGAUUACUGGCAAAAGUAACGACGCAAACGAUUUUAACCAAAUUCAAAAAUUCAAUCUGACAAGCUUCCUAGCACAUGAAAUGGUAAAACAAUGGUUUCUUUCUGUUAGUCCGCCUUGGUGGUCUGACAUGUGGUGGUUCAGCAAUGGACUUGCUCUAUUCUACAAAGCGUUCAUCCUUGGCAAGAUGUAUGAAGAACGAAUGAUGGAUUUUAUAGUACCUAGCCUACAGGAAAGUCUUCGUUUAGAUGACAUUCGAUCACAAAACAAUAUAUUAUACUAUACUAAAAAUGAAACAGAUUUUAUUGAAUCUUUUAUUGUGGUAGACAGAACACUUAUCCUAUUGCAUAUGUUGAAAUCUUUGGUCACUGUCAGUGUAUUCCAUAAUGGUGUCAGAAUCUAUUUAGACAGACAUCAGUUUGGUUCGGCUACUCCUGAUGAUUUCUGGGACGCUAUGCAAAGUGCCCUAGAAGAUACAGAAUACCAAUACAAUUUUAAGAUAAAAGAAGUAAUGCAUAACUGGUUAAAUCAAACCACGUAUUCUUUGGUAAAAGUGAGACGUGAUUACUUGCGUGGCAAUGUGUUUGUACGGCGGGUACCAAGGAAUGAUACUAAGGAAGCUUCUAAUAGCACAUGGAUACCUGUGACUUUUGUUACGAAUUACUCUGAGAAUUGUUGUAAUAAUAUGUGGAUAAGAAAUGACAGGAUGUCCGUUUUUAUUUUCAUAAAGGCUCGUCGUGAUUGGAUUAUAGUUAAUAAACAACAAGGCGGAUACUAUCGUGUUAAUUAUGAUGCUACAAAUUGGGAACAAAUUGGGGCUUGUUUAAAUUCUAAUGAAUUUACAAAAAUUCACGUCAUUAAUCGUGCACAACUUAUUGACGAUGUCUACUACUUCCUAGUGACAAAACAACUUCAUUACUUUACAUUUUUACAUAUCACGAAUUAUCUGCAGAGAGAAGUGGAUUAUGUACCAUGGAUAUCCAUGUUCCGAAUUAUGUCAUACCUGUGGAAAUUCUUUUUACUUCCAUUUAAAGAACCACUGGUUUUAGAGGCUUUACAGUCACAUAUGUUGGAGAUUCUAAGGGGACUUCUUAAAAACAUAGGAUACGAUGAUGAGAAUCACGAUGAUGGUAUUACAUUAUUGAUGAGAGGAACAGCCUUGAAAUGGGCCUGUAGACUUGGUGAUUAUGUAUGCAAGGAAAAGGCACGUACUAAAUUGGAGAUGCGGAGUAAUGAUGACUGGGCAGUGUUUAAUGGCAAGAGGUUUAUUAACAGGCUUACAUUUUCGUGGGAAGAAUGGAUAUAUUGCAGUGCCUUAAAGGAAGCAGACUCCGUGACUUGGAAUAAAGUUUGGAACAUAUUUGGAAGAACACAUCAGCAUAAAAUGUUAGAAUUAUUGACUUGUUCUGAAAGUCCGGGAAAAAUUAUGGAUUAUUUCGCCCUACUACCUUCAUUAGUAAACGAACACAAAUCACAAAUUACAGACAAUCAGCAUUCUCAUAUUUUUGGUAUACUUGUUAGAAAGCAUGCACACAGAAAUGAAGUACUUGACUACAUAUUACAGAAUUUCACAGAUGUGAAACCUAGAUUGUAUUCUAAAACUACGUUAUUAACAGAUAUUAUUUCAAACGUAUAUUCCGAAGAACAACUUAACAAGACAUACAAUGUUUUCAAGCAGGACACUGAAGUGUCAGAAAAUUUGACUACAAUGAUAAAUGCGCGUUCAAUCCAGCUCCAGGAUAUGAUGACCAGUUUUUUCGAAAUUUCUCGAAAAAAUGUUUUACAGGUGUCCAACACGAGUACUGCUGUGAUACUCUUAAAAUGUUUAUUAUUAAUUGCGUGCCCAAUAUUCAUUACUGCAGCAGAUGAUUGUGCUGAGAAUUCGAAAGAUGAAAAGUGCAUAACUAAUUAUAAUUUGCCACCCGGUGUCGUACCAAUGCACUAUGAUAUUUGGUUAAACUUGUAUAUGUCAGGAGCCAUGUUUGGUGGUGAAACUAAUAUUACGAUCAAGGUUCUUUACGCAACGCAAUACAUAAGUUUACAUUUAUUAAAGCUGGAAAUAUACCAAAGGGAAACAAAAUUAAUUAAUCAUGAGAACGGUACGAUUUAUACGCCGAUGGAACAUAAAUAUCGAGAUCCACAAGUUCUAAUUCUUUACUUCACUAACACGUUAAUACCCGGAUUCUACACUCUGUGCUUUAAGUAUGACGGUUACUUCUCUCAAGAGGGAGGUCAAGGUUUUCUUAGAGUUCCUCAUACAAAAUUACCACACGAUAUAAAAUGGAUGUUGAUAUCACAAUUCGGCAAGAUUGGUGCUCGACGAGUGUUUCCGUGUUGGGAUGAGCCUGCGUUAAGAGCCACUUUCAAUAUUACCGUGAAACAUCAUUCUCAAUACUCGGUCUUCUCGACUAUGCCAAGACGAGAGGAAAAGAAUUUCUCCACUUCAGUAAUACUGUCCUACUUCGAGAGAACUCCCGUAAUGUCUACUUACUUCCUCGGGAUUGCAAUGCUUGCAGUGCGUCGUUGUAACAACGACAAUAUUUUCCAAAUAUGGUGCACAGAGAAUUUGAACGUAACGAAGGAUUUCGUACAGAGUGUCGGUCAGCAGUAUCGUAGAAUCGCCGUUCAUUUGACGCAAUACACAAAUACUUCCAUGAAAAUUCCCAAACUUGAUAUCAUCAUUGUACCAGAUCACGUACCGACUAAUUCGACUAUUUGGGGAAUGCUGCUUAUGAAAGAAUCACAACUGAUUAUCGAUAAAAAUAACGAAAUUCAGAAAAUCAAUCUGACAAGCUUCCUAGCACAUGAAAUGGCAAGGCAAUGGUUGCUUUCUAUAUCUCCGACUUGGUGGUCUGACAUAUGGUUAAACAAUGGAAUUGCUCUAUACCUCAAAGUGUACAUCCUUAGCCAGAUAUAUAAAGAAUGGCGAAUAAUGGAUUUUUUAACACUCAGCCUACAGAAAUGUCUUCAUUUAGAUGAUAUGCUAACAAAAAAGAAUUUAAUAUUCUAUACUGAAAGUACUCAUGAAACACAUUUUAUUGAAUCUUUUAUUGUUGCAGACAAAACACUUGUCCUAUUGUAUAUGUUGAAAUUUUUGAUUUCUGACAAAGUAUUCCGAAAUGGGAUCAGCGUCUAUUUAGAGAGACAUCAAUUUGUUUCGGCUACUCCUAAUGCUUUCUGGGACUGCAUGCAAUAUGCAACCGAAGAGAGCACUGAAUACAGCAUUGAUAUAAAACCUGUAAUGCGUAUCUGGUUAAAUCAAACGACAUAUCCUUUGAUAAAAGUGAAACGAAAUUACGAAUUUGACGAAUAUGACGAAAUUACGAUAUCACAAGCACAUUAUGGCACCACGAAAGUUGACCAAGUCGAUAGAAUGUGGAUACCUGUGACUUUCGCUACGUAUUCGUCUCCUAAAGUUUCCGAUCCUGUGCCUACUAUCUGGUUAAGAAAUGAUAUGGCUCUGAUACUUUCAGUUGCUUCAAGUAAUUGGAUCAUAGUUAAUUUACAACAAGCCGGAUAUUACCGUGUAAAUUAUGAUGCCAGAAAUUGGGAGAAAAUCGGGGCUUGUUUAAAUUCUGACGAAGUUGCAAAAAUAGACGUCAUUAAUCGUGCACAAAUCAUUGACGACGCCUAUCACUUCGUAGUGCAAAAACGGCUUGAUUCCUUUAUAUUUUUACAUAUCACGAAGUAUCUAUCGAAAGAAGUAGAUUAUAUAGCAUGGUUUCCCAUGUUCCGAAUUUUGUCAUACCUGUGGAAAUUCUUUUUACUUCCAUUUAAAGAACCUGCGGUUUUAGAGACUUUAAAGACACAUAUAUUGGACAUUUUGAACGGGCUUCUGAAAAACAUAGGAUACCACGACGAUUUUGUCGAUACUAAUAUUAAAAAAUUGCUGAGAGGAACCGCUUUAGAAUGGGCUUGUUCUCUCGGUGAUUCUUUUUGCGAAAAACUUGCAUUGGAUAAAUUUAACGAGCGUAUUAAAAAUUUCGAGCAAUUUGGCACUAUAUUGCCAUGGGAAAGAUGGAUAUAUUGUACUGGCUUAAAGGCAGCGGACCUUGACACCUGGAAUAAAGUCAUGACCUUAUAUUUAAAAACACAUCAGGAUAUAAUCUUAGAACUUGCGACUUGCUCUGAAAAGCCGGAUGUCGUCAUCCAUUAUGUUGGCUUUCUACAUGUAACAGUGGACAAUUCAGUAAUCACACGCAAACAGCAUUCUCACAUUUUUGAUAUACUUAUUUCAAAGUAUUCACGGAACAAUGAAGUACUUGACUAUGUAGUACAGAAUUUGGAAAAGGUGAAACCUAGAUCGUAUUCUAGAUCUAUGGCAUUAAAACAGAUUAUUUCAAACAUGUAUUCCGAGGAACAACUUAAUAAGAUGCACAAUUGUAGAUGUAUGAAGCAGUACGCUGACAUAGCAGAAGAGGUGACUACAACGAUAAGUACGCGUUUAAUCCAGCUCCAUGAAAUGAUGGACAACUUUCUAGACCGUUUUGCAGGUAUAACGAGAAAGAGAUGGAUAGAUUUAUCUUAAAUAAUUAAUCAAGUUAAUGGACUGUUUAAUAUAUUCACCAUUAUAUUAAUCUGAACGUUCUAUUAAAUAUAACUGUUGAUAUAC